UUAUCAUCAAACGCCAUGUAUUAUUUAUUUUCAAGUUUCGAUGAGAGUAUGAUUCCAAAAUUUUGAACAGUAAAUUUAAUCAUGGAUCACGUGUCUUUAGACCCGGUUUAAAACCAACUAUCAUUUGUCUGUUUUUUACUAGUCGUGUGGUUUCUGUUUGACGUGAAACACCAGAUAAUUCACCUACCUUUCGUCCGUCGUGUACACUUUUAAUUUUGACCAUUUGCUUUCUCGCAUGCAUGUCCAAAGGUACGAAGAUAAGCAUAAAGACCCUUUUUCAAUUAAGAUCCAAGUCGAAAGCCAGCUCCUAGCUCCUGUGACGAACAAAAAAUCAACCAAGUGACAACCCCACAAGUUUAUGAGCGCUAGGAACUCCCUCACAAAGUCACAAGUUCACUUUGAAUGCAGCAUGUAGAUCCCACCCCAAAAAUGAUAAAUCCUCUCCAGACAGCUAUUAGAUUUAAGUCCUCAUUUUUUUUUACGUUGUCUGUGUUUAUUUGGGGAAGUUUCACGAGGACUCAUCUGUCAUGAAUUUUCCAUUUUUUUUCACGGGAUUUAUGUAACAAUCCUCUUCUCUUUUCUUUAUUAAAAGAAAGAAAAAAGGAGAAAGGAACUAUCUACUUAAAGAAUUGUCACAAUCUAUGGCUGGGUUUGAUAGCGUGGAAGUUUGCCUUCACUAUCACGUAAUCAAAACUGAAUUUAUAUUCUAAACCGUACGUGGUAGACGAAUUAUGCCUCAAAUAAAUGUAUGUAACCUUAUUUAUCAGCCUAAAAAGGCAGAUAUGAAAAAUGUAAAGAAGAAAGAGUCCAAAAGAAUUUGAUGAUUCUUAAAAGUACCACUCAAAAAUAAUGUGAUGAGUCGCAGUUUUUCUUUCAAUGGACUACUCAUUAGUCUCACAUAACUAUCAGAUCUAAUUUCUGUUCCAAGAUCUCAAAGUCAAAUUUUGCAAAUGUUCACUGUUUUCUAGAAAUUUUCAUCUGACUAAAACUAGAUUAAAAAAUGUAAAUACUGAUCGGCAAUUAUUAGGUAGGGUGAUUAAAGAGACUGUUAUGGAACUCCAGAGAUUAGAAGAGGUUGACGAAAAUUGUUGGGCUUACAACUUUGGAGCCCAAACUGCAAUAUGUUUGCUACAGGCCUACAAGUAGCCGACAUGUUAAGACUUGCUACACAACACGCUUACCUGUCAUGCUUUACACAUUUCAAUGCAAUAAGAAAUUCACUCUUUCUAUUGGAAUUAAAAUUUUCCUCAGUAAUCUACUUUUUAUUGAUCUGUUAAGAAGAUCCAAUACAUUUAAAAUGUGUACACUAAUUCAAGAAAAAAUAUCCGAACUUCUACCGAAAUUGUAUAGUAGAAGUUGUACUAUCAUUAUAUUGAGCUACUUGCAAACUUGUCGGAGUCCUUUGACAUUGCCACUAUUUUUAUGCCGAAAGGAUUUACCGACUGCUUCCAGAAUACACGCUUCCUUUAAGAGUAUAUAUAGCAUGAGACUAAGAUCAAAAGAAAAGGUUUACAAAACAAUUUGACUUUGUUGAACAAACAUUAAGUUAGUCCUCGAUCAUUCCAUUUACAAAGUAGUAUAAUCAUUCCCAAUGUUUUCAACAAAAUAUUAUAGCUAGAGAACAUAUUUAGACACCAUAUAAUUCACUUAGAAGAUGUCUAUACAUGCAGGGGCGAAUCUAGAAGUCUUUUCAACUGGGUGCAUCACUAGUAAUAAAAAUUAAAUAUACAUGAAAGAGGAAUUGAACCAGUGAUAUUAUGGGUGCACCAUGCUUAGUUUUACUAUCUGAGCCACUGAAAAUUUACUGUUUUUACAUGUAAAAUGUUUGACAUCAAAUUCUCUGUAUUUUUUUAUCUGCAUGCCAUUGAAGCCUUAAUAGGUGAAAUUUUUAAUAUAUAUAUAUAUAUAUAUAUAUAUAUAUAUAUAUAUAUAUAUAUAUAUAUGUGGAGCUGAUGCGGACAUAUCCCACGGUAUAUCGAGACGUGAAAUUGAUUUCUUACCCUAAUGGAUUUGACAAGCUUUGUUGAGAUUAAUAAAGAAAGUCUAUUACAAUAUAAUAAUGUCUAGUGGAUCGGAGUGAUAAAGCCUUAAUUAAAUAAAUUGACCUAAAAAGCGAUGCACUCACUAAUUGUUUCUUAGCAUUUCUAAAACACUCUUAAGAUGUGAUUACUAUAUAAGUAUUCCUCCCCAAGUCAACUAUAUAUUCAUUUCUAUUCUGGAAUAACCAUUCACCCCCAAAGUACGCAAUAUAUAUUAUAUAUUUAUAGGGUGAAUAACAUAUUAUAUAUAUGUGUGUGAGUAAUUCUGCCACAUUGAAGCGUCAUUUACCUAGUUUUAUUUCAAGCAAAAGUAAGUAGUCCAACUUCUAAUUAAAGUGUUUAUAAAAUAAAGUGAUGUCAAGAUCAUGAAUGACAUUUAUAUAUAUUAUGUAUUAAUUCAUGAACCUGAGAUAACGAAAACUACCACUUUCAAUAGAAACGGGCAUAUAUACACUGCGACUUAUUUGACCACCACCUAAAAACGCGAUUUUACAACCAGAGAAGCAAUUAAAAGUAUGUCUUUACAGCUUUAACUUCAUCAUCAAAGAGCUGUGAUCACUCCCUUCCAAACCCUAAUCUCUUCAUCCAUAACUGGUUUGCACUUGGUUCACUCUCUUCUCUUCACUACUUCACUCUACAACUAACUUAACUCCCCCCAUAAAAUGGCUUCGAUCUCAUCCUCUCCUUCAUCAAACUCACACACAUCUCUCCUCAAACCUCUAAUUCUCAUUAUCAAUAUAUAUGCCAGGAACCUCCAAAGAAAAUGGUGGCCGCCACCCUUUGUACAAGGGAGUGAGACAACGAAAGAACUCAGACAAAUGGGUGUCCGAGAUACGUGAGCCGAGAACACCUAACCGUAUCUGGUUAGGAACAUUCUCGACCCCGGAGAUGGCGGCAAUAGCCUAUGAUGUGGCUGCUCUAGCACUCAAAGGAACUCAAACUGAACUCAACUUUCCAAACUCAGCUUCAUCUUUCCCUGUCCCAGCCACCAUGUCUCCACGAGACAUCCAAGCCGCAGCCGCUUCAGCCGCCGCUGCUUUUGGUGCUGCUAGGGAUGCCAUUGUCAUGACCAAUAACAACAGCGCAACAAGCAGUGUGGAACGGAGUAACGUGAUGAUGAUGAAUGGUAGUUAUGAGGAUACAUAUGGAUUCAUGGACGAGGAUUUCAUAUUUGACAUGCCUAAUAUGCUCAUGAACAUGGCUGAAGGAAUGCUUCUCAGCCCGCCUCGUCAACCUACCUUUGAUGCUGCUUCCGACGGUUAUGGUUACACAGGGGCAGACGAUUACUUGUGGAGUUUUCCUUGAUAACUAAACUAAUCAACCAUAUUAUAUAUAUAUAUAUAUAAGUAUGUGAGUGUGUACUGUUUAUAUAUAUUAUCUAUAUGUAUGUACGAAAUAAGGAAACAGUGUCUAGUGAUGCAUUGCAUUGCAUGCACGGUUAGGCCCCGUUAAGACGGUCAGAUAAGGUCGUACUGUAUUAAAGUUUUUGCCUUAAGAUUAUUGUCUUACAAUCUAGUCAUGAUGUAAAUUAAUUCCAAAUGUUAUCGCAGUCAAUGCCUUGAGCGAUACUACUUUGUUUAGUUUACAGAUGGAUAAUUUUUUCAUAAGGCUUGGCAUCAAACAGUUGUUGAUAUAACUGAUGUUUGUAAUAUAUACUUCCUAUAAUCCAAAGCUAAUUUCACAGAAGUAUGAAAACAAUUUGCACCGUAACCCAUUUCGAGUGUGCUUGUGAAAGUGAAUGUAAAAAAAAAAAUCACGUAAUGGUCACCAAUGCUAUGGAAUGAUUCUAGUUGCAACAUAUAUUAAUGGACCACCACAUCAUAUCUCUUCAUGGUAAUUCAAAUUUCGAUAUAGUUUGAAUUUUGGCCUAGAAAAUUUUGAUGAAAAUAUAAUUUUUUGAACCGUAUUAUUAUUUAUUUUUGUUACCUAAGUAACUUGGAGAAUGAACUUGAGCAUUGCAUAUAUAUAUUAUAUAUAUAGCCCUAGCAAACAGAUAAAGAAAAUAUUUGCAAAUAACUCGAGGUCGACGAUACAUAGAUAGUUAGAAGAAUGAAAAGAUGCUAAAUGGGUUUGGUGAGGAUAGCACACAAGUUGAUUGUGGAUAGGAGUCAUAAUCGAAUCAUAACCUUGCUGAUUUUUUAUAUGUAGUUUUCUUUCUACAUUAAUUAAUGCUUUUAUUAAAAGUCUUUUCGAGACAUAGAUGUGUUAAGUCUAACCUUAUAUUGACCAGUUAAAAUGAUCCAUUCCACAUUUUUAUAUUUUUUUAUUAAAUAAAGACUUAGAAACCUUCAAUGAAAAUAUCUAACAUGGGUAUUUUAUAAUAAAAAAAUUGAAAAUAAUCAAACCUAAAGAAAAAAAGAAAAGAAGGAAGUUCCAAAUUAACAGUUUUGAAGAACUUCGUUGGAAACUCAGGGUACACUUGUCAUUUUGUGAUUGAAGUAAUUAUAUUUUUUAGAUUAAAAUUUAGUUAAACAAUUAAUUUAUAUUUAAAAAUUUAGUUAAAAAAUUAAUUUAUAUUAAAAUAUUAAUUUAUUUAUUUUUGCUUAAGAACUUUUUAAAGUUUUUAACCAUUGUGGCUGCUCUUACGUACGUAACAUUUUGGUAUUUGACCUAAUAUAAAUCUGGAAGACUCCGAAGUAGUAAAUUUAAUAAAAUCGGAAAGCAAACGGAAAUACUUUAGUUAUUCUACCAAAAGAGUUGAUAACAUUUUAUUAGUUAAGUACUACUUUUUUUUCUUUUUUUUUGCAUACUGCUGCUAGAAUCGAAUUCCUAAAGUUUUGAAUUUGUUUUCGUGCACUGGAGAAGCUUGUCAACUACACAAAACAAAAAAAUUGCUAAAACAAAAAUAACUUCUUUAACUUAACACUUGACAAAAUUAUAACACUUUUAUAUGUAUGGAAGAAAUUGAUGCAUACACAUUACACAUGCACAUGUACGAAAGGUCUAAAUAUAUUUCAAC